UGUUUUCAUUCUUUCAUAGAACAUUUUCACUACUCCUGUAGUUGUUCGGUUCUGUACCAAUGGACCACCCUUCUCGUGUACUACUUUAUGUCUUGUUCCAAGCGAUAUUGUGUACAACAGACGCGGGAUAUUUCUCGGCAGUCGCUCGGCUGGAGAAACUGGUGCAAGAAGAGAGAGAGAUCGUGUCUGUGGUAAAACAGCACAUUCAGGAUGGCGGGAAAGUGUCUGCAGAUAUGCAACGAUAUAUCAGCAGUUGUGGCGACAUAUUUUCGGUGGCGGGGCGCGACCAUACGGCACAGCAGGCGUCCCACCCCGUCAGGGCGUACCUCCUCAUCAAGCGACUCAGUAACAUCUCUUCAGCAGAGGUCAGCAUGCUGACAGGAAAAGAGGUCCAACUCCCAACCGCUGAAGACCUACACAUGACGGCACUCGCACUGAUAACGCUUCAGGACGUGUAUAGUUUGGACAUGCGCAGCCUUGUCCAAGGGCAGAUUGUGAUGGCGUCACAAUCAACCAAUGGCGAAGACCCUGAGAUGACCGAAAUUUGUAGUAAGGAUCCGGCCUUUAGACUGGAACUGUCAGACACAUACUAUAUCGGGGAUGUAGCGUGUAAAGAAAAUAAAUUUUAUCACGCGGUGUUAUGGUUCAACCUGACCUUAGAGAUAAUGAGAGAGAAGAAACAGUCAGUGACCAACCAGGCUGGUCUGAGGAUGUCAAAGGUCUUACUGAAACUAGCGGAUACCGUACAGAAGAUCAAGUUCGACCGGGCUCUGUUUAUGGCAGUAUCAAAGUUCGGUGCGACUGCGCAGAAGACAGAUGCCAAUGUUGAAGGAUUGACGCUCAUCUCAAAUCUCUUAGAAAACGCCACAUCGUCGCUAAGGAAGCCUAUAAGAACGGAAAUACCUCAAGUCAAGUACGAAAAUCUUUGCCGUCUUGGAGUUCUCAAGAAACAAGAUCCACACUCAACGCUUGCCUGUAGAUACGUCCGCUCCAGCCCGUACUUCUACCUCAGCCCCGUCAAGAUGGAGCCUCUCCACCAGGGAAGCCCAUUGGUUGUUCUGUACCAUGACGUCAUCACUGACAAGGAGAGCAACUUAAUGAGAGACAUGGCGCUCAAUAGGAAUUAG